UAUUGUGCAUCAAGAAAUAUCAAAAUCCAAAGUGUUUUUCUUUACUUGGUUUGGUUUCUUCGAGCAAGAACAAACCUAAUUAUACCUUCAGAAGAGACCAGUUCUAGGAAUUUCGUUUCUUAAAUCCUAUAAACUCACUCAAAAUCAAACUAGUUUCGGUACAAAUUCAAUCGAUCUUCUCCCCAAAUUUUCUUGAAAUUCUCGAAACUUCGAUUGAAGUUCAACUCACUUCUCAUGGCCACGGAAGAAGAUGUGAGACGUAAGGCCGCCAGUGCUGAAUACAAUAAGAAGCUACUUCAGCAUCGUGAGUUAGAAUCUCGCAGCAGAAAAGUGAAGGAGGAGUUGAGAACGGCUAAAAAGGAGUUCGCUAAAACUGAGGAUGAUCUGAAGUCCCUCCAAAGUGUGGGCCAGAUAAUUGGAGAAGUGCUUAGGCCUCUUGAUAAUGAACGAUUAAUUGUGAAAGCAAGUAGUGGACCGAGGUAUGUGGUUGGUUGCAGGAACAAAGUGGACAAGGAGAAAUUGACUUCUGGAACGCGAGUAGUUCUUGAUAUGACGACCCUCACUAUAAUGCGGGCUCUUCCUCGUGAAGUUGAUCCAGUUGUCUACAAUAUGCUCCAUGAAGAUCCUGGAAAUAUUAGCUAUUCUGCUGUGGGAGGGCUUUCUGAUCAAAUUCGAGAACUUAGGGAAUCUAUUGAGCUUCCACUAAUGAAUCCUGAGCUUUUCUUGCGUGUGGGAAUCAAACCUCCAAAGGGUGUUCUUCUUUAUGGCCCACCUGGGACCGGAAAGACCUUGUUAGCACGAGCUAUAGCAAGCAAUAUAGAUGCCAAUUUCCUUAAGGUUGUAUCAAGCGCCAUCAUAGACAAGUACAUUGGUGAAAGUGCGAGACUGAUCCGUGAAAUGUUUAGUUAUGCUAGAGAACAUCAGCCAUGCAUCAUCUUUAUGGAUGAGAUUGAUGCCAUUGGAGGUCGCCGAUUCAGUGAGGGGACAAGUGCUGAUCGUGAAAUCCAAAGAACCCUAAUGGAGCUACUGAACCAGCUAGAUGGAUUUGAUCAACUGGGAAAGGUCAAGAUGAUUAUGGCGACAAACCGACCUGAUGUUUUGGACCCUGCUCUUCUUCGUCCAGGGCGUCUGGAUAGAAAAAUAGAGAUUCCUUUACCAAAUGAACAGUCAAGAAUGGAAAUUCUCAAAAUCCAUGCUGCGGGAAUCGCCAAACAUGGCGAUAUCGACUACGAAGCCGUCGUUAAGCUUGCAGAGGGAUUCAAUGGGGCUGAUCUGCGUAACAUUUGCACUGAAGCUGGCAUGUCAGCUAUACGUGCUGAGAGAGAUUAUGUGAUUCAUGAAGACUUUAUGAAGGCUGUAAGGAAGUUGAACGAGGCAAAGAAAUUAGAGUCUAGUGCUCACUAUAGCGCAGAUUUCGGAAAGGACUGAAUCAGUAGAAGAACCUGAACGGUUGUCUUUUUACGAUUUAUGUUUUGCAUUGCUGCCUUUGUAGUUUACUAAAAAUUUUAACAUUCUACAGCACCUCCCAAUUUCAUUAUAUGUUGGAUUUCAGCUGGCUUAUUUGUGGAAUAUGAAACCUUGCCAAACUAGUAUCAAUUUCAUUUUUCAACUUCAA